CUCAAGAAUAAAGCUAUUGUGAUUGUUCAUCUGAGUGGUGAGUUUGUCCAUUACAAAGUGUUGAGACCACAGUACAUCGCUUAGUGUAUUCUAAAGUAUUUGAGAGACUGUUGUACUUUUAAAUACACUGAUGCAGCAGUGCUUGAUUAAGCCUAUUAUCAGUCGACUAGGGUUUUGUAGACGUUUGUGUUCUUCAAGUAAUGCAGCCGUCAAUCAAAUAGAAGAACCUAAAAGGUGGCAACUAUUUAGUGCAGCAAUUUUGGAAAGACUUCCAAAGUUGAUGAAGCCUUUAACAGAAUAUGAAAAAGACUACAGACUGUACCGUCAUGAGGCUAAGUUGCCUUUUACUAGAAAGAUGCCAACGGCUUGGUUUCCAAAUGGUCAAAGAGAGGAUCCUGUAACGCAUGAGGUUCUGAUUGGUGACUUUUCACGAAGAAACUUUACUCCCGCUUCUCUGGAGACUGAUGCUGAUCGUUCCAACAAUAAGAAGACUUUGGAUAGAAGGUUGACAGACUCGAUUUAUUUUGUGGUGAAAAGAGAGAACCGAGUCUGGCAGUUUCCACAAGGAGAGGCUGAGGAGGGGAAGAUGUUGAUACAGACAGCGGAGGAAGCCUUGAAGAAUUUUGUUGGAAAUAGAAUCACUUUGCAUUUUGUAAGCAAUGUUCCAGUAUGUCACGUUGAACGAGAGUUUUCUCCUGAAGUGAAACAACAGCGCAAAUGGGACGGUGCAAAGAUAUUCUUUUAUCGAGCACUAGUUGUUGAAGGAAACUUGGAAGACAUUCCUUUUGAUUAUGACUUUGCAUGGUUGAGCUCUUCAGAAAUGACCCAAGUGUUACCGUCUAUCUAUUACAAUGCUGUGAAAAAUAUUUUAUAGUUAUUUUCUUUGCUUAUAAGAGAUGUUGCAAAAAAAUUUU